CUGCGCGGCUACAAGUGUUUUGCGUGGCGCUGUUGUCAUGACAACUGGGUACGCUGCUGUUGCGUGCUUCUUAUCUUCAUUCAAAAAAAGAAGAACAACCCACCAGGGAGGUUCGAAUGGAAGCCGAGGAAGACAAAACGGUUCGUGUCGGGGACUCUGAGGCCACAGACGGACCCGAACACAGACAGCCGGAAGCCUCUGAUGACGCUGUCGCCUUGAUGUCCAGCUUUGAGCCUGAGGAGCUGCAGAGGUGUGUGUUCACAGAGUCUUUGGUAGUCUUAUCAGAGAGUGGAAGGGAACUGGGGACAUUCAACGUCACAGUGCAGUAUGCCCAAAAGGUUCAGCAGCCCUGCUUAUUGCUUCAUGCUCAAAGCCAUGGAACAAUUGAUGGCGCUCCCUGUGGAACAACAGUCACAGCUUUCAUAAGCUGUGAGCUGGAGGUUCUGGAGGAAGAAUAUCAUGAAUAUAUCAAGCUUGAAGGUCACAGUGUGGAUAAUAGGUGUCAUAUGGUGCAAAAGGAUGGGAAUAUCCUCAUUGAAAAAGUUACCACUAUAGAAGAGGAGGUGACAAAAGAAAGCGCCUCUUAUCCCAUGUCUUCACUAAGAGGGCUGAUCACUGAGGGCUCCAGCCUGCUGCUGAUGCGCCUGAUCACUCUACGGAAGACGGUUCCAGAAAACAUGCAGUUUGUCACCUUGGAUAAACAAUUAAACAUCAUCCACAUCACGUUUAGCGACCUCGGUGAGAAGCAGAUGGAAGUUAGCGGCCAAGUCAGGGAAGUCUUUGGGAUACAAAGGAUGGUUCACUGUGGGAAAGGCAGACCUGACACUUGGGAAAACUACUUCCUGACUAAUGGGCAUCUGGUCAGCAGACAUCAGGUUGGAUCCCCAGUCACUAUGAGACUAUUGCAACAACCACCAAGGACAGAAGGUCCUGAGAAGGUUUCUCUGACGCAGGUAGAGAGAACGGUUGACUUCCUAGAAAGACAGAAGGAACUGAAGGAGGAGUACGCUUUGUACCUGCGACAGCACCCUGAAAUCCGAGCCCUCAUUUCCGACUUCAUGCAGUUUUUGCUGCUGCGGAAACCAGAAAAUGUCUACAAGUUUGCCAAAGAAUACUUUAGCCCUUUCCCCAUCCCCUAGAGCAAAUCUGACUUUUCUGCACCAAAAUCAGUAUUAGUGGCACAUCUUAUUAGUAUUGAAUAUGUUUUAUUUGUUUACAAGAGAUGUCAAAAUAGAAAGAGCUUCAGUGAACACGUUCAUUCUUUGUGAGAGGACAGAGGUUAACUUUCUACAGUUUCUACAGAAUCUUUUUAGACAAAUACACAAUCCUUUCUUAUGUCAUAUUUAUUCAGCAUAUGUGGUCUCAUUAAAGUCCUUUUUUCCUCAUA